GGUAUAAUCCACAGAAAGAAAAAAGGUCACAUUGCUGCAAAAUCUGUUGGAUAAACAAAAAUAUUAUAUUUUUAUAUUUUAAAUUGGCACCAAAUUACUUAAUCUGCCACUUUUAGGUACAUUUGCAAAAGUUUGAAGGCUGGCCGCGCUGUUGCUAAUGAAAACUCGAAAUUUAAAAAUUAAUCUUUAUGUCCAUUAUGAUAAUAAAACCAUUUUACUUUCUGAAGAUUUAGAAAGAACCUUAUAUCGCCAUGGAGACGAAUGUAAAUCCCCUGGCCGUAAUCCUUGUGUACUUCGAUAGCAAGGGGGAUCGGCUACUAUAUAGAUAUCCCUAUCAGACUCUUGGUCAAACGGAAGUCGCUAGCGACGAGCAGCGAAAGACCAGGAAGCGCAAUCCCUAUGCCGUGGCCAACGUGGAUGACCUGUUGCAGACGUCCACUCACUUGGGGACUUCAAAAAGCCAAGGACAACUUCAGGGAUUCGCAGACGAGGUGCUGUCGGCUCUAUUUGCCGUCAAGCCGCAGCUCUGCAACCAGAAAUUUGAGCUGAAGCUGAACGAUGUUCGGUUUGUAAGUCAUCCAACGUCGAUACCACACAAGGAGCAAAGGAGUGGAGCCAUGGCCAAGAACCAGAUGCUCAUCAAUAUUGUGUUUGCGCUCCAUGCUCAGGCCAGCUAUUCCAUUGUGAAGUGCUACCAUGAAUUGAGCAAGCGACUGGGGUUGGCUCUGAAAUUCGAGGAACAACGUAGUGGAUACCUCACAGAGCAAACAGCUCACAUGGCCCGCACCCACGACGAGCAACAGCAACAGCCGCUGGAACGCACGCUCGAGCUGAUCGCAGAGCGUUGCAGCCUGGCACAGGCUUUGCGGUCCAUCUUUCACGAUCUGUGCACCACCGGCCUGCUGAGUACCUCGCUGAAUAACAACCUAACGCUUUGCUUCUGUCUGCCGGCCAAAGCGCACCAGCUGCAUAAGAAAGGAAGCAUGGUGGAUCCGGAGACCAUUGACCGCUGUCUUCGUGCGCUGAAGCCGUAUCACGGCAUGUUGCUACUAGUGGACUUUGCUGAGUUGCUGGACUGCGUUCCGCCGACGGGGGCUCGCAUGCUUUGGCAAAUGGUAGACGCCUACAAUCCCCUGAUCAGCCUUCAAAGCAUGGCUUCGAAGGCCGACCUGAGCAUCGAGCACGUGUACAAGCUCGUCUCGCAUUUGGUCUACUGGGCUAAGGCCACUAUUAUUUAUCCACUCUGCGAGACAAACGUCUAUGUGAUUGCUCCAGAUGCGCCGCUGCACACCAAGUCCCACUUGGUGGAGAAAUUCUCUGCCCGUUUUGCGGGCAUGUCGCUGUUCGAAGUGAUUUCGGAUUUCUCGCUGCCCACAUCGAUUGGCCAUUUAACUACGCCCUUGCAACAGCCGGCACGUCAGGGUAUCCUCGCCCAGAUGGUUAUUUGGAUGCUGCAGCAUCAUCUGCUUAUGCAGCUGCACACCUACGUGCAGUUUAUGCCCAGCGAGGAUGAGUUCGGGGAUUCGGCUUCUUGCAGUAACCAGCUAAGAGAUGCCAUUAGCGAUGAGGAGGGAGACCAGGAGCAGGACGCAGACGAGUUGCACGAGGGGUCCAUGUUGAGCAUGUCCAGUCAACCGCUGCCCGUGCCAGCAGUCUUAAUUGGCGGCCAUCGGCGCGACAUGUCCGAGGAUCACUCUUCCCUGGCCUCCGACAACAUUGCCGUGCAGCCGUCGUCCAGCCACAAGUCCAACUUCAGCAUCACCGCCUCGAUGAGCACGGAUAACUGCGACAGCCUGGACUCCAUGGAGGACGAACAGAAGCUCAAGGAGCUUCUGCAGGUUUUCAGCGACGCAGAUAGAGGCGCCAUCCGUCGAAUUCCCGCUUCCGCCAAUGUAGACGAUCUGUCGCUGUUGGUGAAGCUCUACCAGAUGGGCUACUUUAAAAGCGAGCACCACUUGGAGGAGAUCAUGUAUUUCGAAAACCUGCGACGAUCGCAGCUAUUGCAAUUGCUUGAUAAGUUUAGGGAUGUGUUGAUCAUCUACGAGACCGAGGACCCGGCAAUCGCUUCCAUGUACAACCCUAAGUAGAUUGAGUCGAAUUUGCCAUUCCAUUGCCAAAAGUGUAUGAUGAAUGUCUUUGGUAGUUGAGAAUCUAAUCUAUUAAAUACAAGAAUAAUUUACUAGUCUAAAAACAAA